AUGCUUCAAAUAAGUAAUCUAAAAGAUCGCUUAAAAUGCAAGAUUGAAUUUAGUGAGGACGAGGAGGAGAAAGGACAAAUUAUUAGCUUGAGCAGUGUUGACGAUGCCCUAAGAUUUGAAGAUAGGUACGAAUCACAAGAAUUAUUGGGGUAAGGAGCACAUGCAGUAGUGAAACUGGCUAAAAGAAAGGGAACAAAUGAUUUGUUUGCAGUAAAAAUAAUGAGAAUGAACAAUGAGGAAGUUUACAAUAACGUGAAAAGGACAUUUAAUAAUUCUCGUUGUUUGAGACACUAGAAUAUAAUAUAAGAAUACGAACUCUAUAUUAAUGAAAAAUAUUACACGGCCAGUUUGGUAAUGGAAUAUUGUCCAUACCCAUCAUUGGAGCAAAUCCUAAAAGAUAGAGUCACUUUAAAGGAGGAUGAGGUGAGAAAUAUCGUCAAGUAAUUGCUCAUGGCUGUUGGACACAUACAUAGUAAAGGCAUAAGUCAUAGAGAUAUCAAGCCAGAUAACAUCUUGGUAAAUGUGGAUGGGAAUUGUGAAUUGAAGUUGCUUGAUUUUGGAGUUUCCAGAAGAUUUCUGUGGAAGAAUCAACAUCACGAUAUGCUGACUAAGACAGGCAACAUCUAUUAUUGUGCCCCAGAAAUAUACCAUCAAACUAAUUAUUCAAAAGAGAUUGAUUUAUGGAGUAUUGGUGUCAUAAUGUUCCAAUGUAUGACAGGAGAAUUGCCUCUCCAAAAUGAGAAUCCAAGUGAUCACAUAGAACUAUUAAGUAAGCCUGAAUUGUGGAAUUUUAAGAACCGUAUAAAGGGGGAAUCCUUAAGUGCUCAGAAUCUCAUAUCUCGUUUGCUUUAGUAGGAUCCUAAAAAGAGAAUUGGACCCUAAGAUGCAUUGAACCAUCCUUUCAUAGAGAAGAAUAAGAUCUACACUACCUUGGCAAUGUUAUCAUCUACUAAAAUUAUUGACGAUGAUGACAACUUAUUUUUGAAUAAAUGCCAAUCUCUCCAAACAAGUUUGUCUGUAGAUCAGAAGUAGAGUAUUCAUAGAGCAUUGAAGACACUUCAUUUGGGCCAAGAGUAUUAGCAGAUUGUUCUUGAGGAUUUGAUGUAGGAACUGGGAAAUGUUCAUAUUAUCUAAAGGAGAAAUAGUGAUAAAUGUGCUGGGUUCAUUCAAUUGGUCAAUUCCCUUGGGAAUAGCCAAGGAGUUACAAUUAGUAAAGUUCUUGAUGUCAACACGACUACUUAAUGUAAUCUUGGCGUUGGUUCUACUUAAAGCAUUGUUUCCUCUGAUCAUCUGACUUAAGAUUACUUUGGGGAUCUGGGAAAUAUAUAAUCAAGUGUCGAUUUGGGUAAUUCUGUCAAUGAAACCCAGGUUGGCUAAGACACUAAAAAGAAUACUUUUGGCUAAUUUAUGAAUUAGAUGGGUGCCAAAAUUGAAUGCAGUAUUGAUAUCAAUUUAGGGUUGGCUGAUAGUUAGUAAGAUACUGGGUUCAACAAUAAAUUUAAUUAAAUUAUCUCUACUCUUGAUGUAUUGGGCAUUAAAGAAUGCGAUGAAACUGUCGAAGAUCAAUAAUGAAAUGUAUUAUAACUUCGUUUUCCUUAUGUUUUCAAUUACUU